AUGAAACAAUCAUUACGUGAUAUGAAACAGUUGUCUACUUCGAUAGACAAAUUGGAUGCGAAAGUUCAUUUAAUAUUUGAAAAUCAAAAAAAAAUGCAACGAACAUUAGCAAAAAGAAAAAUCAACGUAGCACUACUUGGUGGAGAUUUUAACACAGAAGAUCAAUCACCGACUGAUAUACCGUUUGAAAAAUCUCUAGAUUGCGAGAAACCCGACGGUACCACGAUUGAUUUAUUGCAAUUAUAUGGGGUUCAAACACAAAUAGGUCGUUUUGUUGCCUUAGUAAUGGAUCAGCUAUUUACAAAAGAACAAUUAUACACCAUUACAAGAAGUCAAUUGGUGCAGCAUAAACAUUACAAUACUAUUAAAGGUCGAAUCAAUUUUAUAUGA